UGUACCGGCAUCGUUGUGGUUCCACCCGUCGUUUUUCGCGUUUAUAAUAAAAUAUUGUCGUUUUACGUUUCUUACGUCCGGUGAGCAGUAUGGUUCCGAAAGAUCUACCGUGAUACAUAUUCGGUUCCGGUUGGUUUAUACCAACUGUAGAAGUGAUCAUUCUCCGAUUGAGUACCAUCAGCUACAAUUUACCAUCCCACUCCGUUUCGGGUGGCCGCUGACGAGUUCUCUUCAAUUAAAAGUCUUGGUUCAAAAACGCUCGGGGGAGAUGUUUGCGAGCCGGACGUGAUGGCUGAAAACGGCAACUACGGAGGUGGUAAAACACAUUUCUGUCAGCUCAACAGCCUGUGGUCCGUGUGGUACGGCCUGCUCGCCACCGUGCUUAAUGUCUAUUCCGUUUUGUUGGCAACUCGGAGACUAUCGGAGUACUUGGAAGUAGUAUGGCCACCGAAGAGCGUACUCCCGCCCAGGUACGAAGUUCACUGCUUCGUUGCCACCAUUGGCAUGGCCGCCGUGCUAGUGCCGCUGGUUGCAUUCACCGCCGUCUUCCGCACCGGAAACAUGGCCAACGACUCGGACAAGCUUGGAAACUUGUUGGACGUCCGCCGCCGCCGCCUGUCAUCCUGCUGGACCCACGGGCCACCGUCCUCUUCCACGCUACACUCGUUCACAGCACUCGCCCUGCUGGUAGUCAAGCUCAUGAUCGAAGCCAGGCUCAUACAAGCUGGUCUCAUGUCCACAAAUAAUAUUUGGAAUACUGACUUGGACUUUCUUGUCCUCGGAGGACAUCAGUCCAGUCCACCCAACAUCACGCUUAAAAAUAUGCACAUCGAACCCAGGACACAGUCGGUACUUGUUCCACAGUCGUCAUCGCCGACGACAAAUAGAUCAUAUGCUGCGGAUACUGAUGGGACCAUGUCUGUCGAGUUUUUUAAUUACGCUAUGGCCUUGUUCAUAUAUUGCGGGCGGUAUGCGUCUGUUUUUUGGGAGACUAAUAAAUGUUUCGCUACGCUAUUUUCCGUCCAGUUAUUCGCCAACGCCAUACAAUGCCUGUCAUUGUACCUCUUCACAUGCAUUCUCUACAAGAUGCAAGUGUUGGGCGUGUGCAAAAUGGUGAAGGAACUACCGGCCGGACCUACCACGUACCACCUGGUGCUGGAUCACCUGGACACCGCAGUGCUGUUCACCGUCACCACCGUUCUGAUAUUCGUGUCCAACUCGAUAGUGUACUACUACGGGUACACGCGAUUCAGCGGGUUCGUGAAGCGGCAGACGGGUGGCCGGAAGACCGUGGCCGACGCCUACUCGAGCCUGAUGCCGUACUGCGCCAGCGUGCUGGCCCUGCUCGCCGUCGUGGCGUCCGAGAGCCCGUUGCUGUACAACGCCAUCGUCGUGUUCCGAUCGUCGCUCAACGGCGUGGUGUUGGCGUGCCUGCUGAACUCCACCGCGCACGUGUUCGUCUGGAUAGCCAUGUGGUCCGUGCUCACGCUCAAGCCCUGCUGGGUGUUCAACCUGCACCUGUUCCUGGAGUACGACCCCAGGGGAGGCGGCUGCGGUGGAGCUGUUGGCGGUGCAGGCGGUGCAGUGAGUGGAGGCGGUGGAGGCGGCGGAGGUGACGACGCCCAGCGCGUGCCCUUGUUGGUGGUGGCCCAGGGCGCCACGUACUCGCUGACUGAGAAGACGGCCAAACGCAUCGUCACGUCUGUGGUGGAACGCGUUGUCGCCGACUACACACGCGUCUCUGCRAACUCGGAYAAACACAAGUUCAAAAGAACGCCUAAGACAAUGAGUGAUGAACAAAUAUAUUGGCCAAGACCAAAGUCGAGUUCAGGCCGCAGUUGUUUAAGCGAAAUGGAAGACUCGGACGAGCCGUCUGGUUGUUUUGGUUGUAAACGGACAAAAAAAUCUACAAAAGGCAUACCAAUGAACAAAAUCGACCGAAGGGGAAUCAGUCCAGAAGACGAUGGUGAUUAUGCGAAGCUCCGCGAGUUGCCGAUGGUCGCUAGGGCCACGAACGAUCAUAGCGACGACAAUACGUCUGAGGACACGAAGCUUUUGGACACGGUACGAGAAGGUGUAAUUACGUACGCGAGCGCCAAUACAAGAGAGUUGUUUUACUCGCCGGCCACGCCGCCACCACCGCCGCCACCCAUACAGGAAGACAUAAGUUCAGCUGCGGAAUUCCACGCCAGUAAAACCCAAGUGUCCAAGCAACAUCAACAGGUGCGCGAACACGCGUACCGCGGUGGCGUGUACAGCAAGACAACAGUGGCCGGCCAGCAGGGACYACAGCGCGUGGCCGGUCCGGCAUCGGUGACGGCCGCCGACGAUUUCGAGGAGGAGGACACCGUAAAAUCCGAGUCAGAGGCAUCUGCGGCCGGCCACUCGCCGCAGGCCGCGUGCAGCGGACACAGCGAGUCGUCCAGCGGCGUGCACUCCAACAGCAGCCACGACACGGCGGCCACGAUGCCGCUGCCACCGCCUCCACCGCCGCUGCAGUUGUCGCCGGCCGCGUCCACGUCCACGCUGUCCCCGACGGAUGAUGAACAGCGGCGCCGGGCCAGUUACGCAGACCUGCAGACCGUGGACACGGUGGUGAUACGGCACAAGGGCGGCCCGGGGGCCAAGGCCCGGAUGCCUCCAGACCCGUGCACUAGGCCCACGAACGUGUCGCUCAGCUCGUUCACGGAACCGCGGGGCGCCCGGAACCGGCCCGGGUCGGUGCCCGGCUGGAGGACGAUGCCACAUAACGUUGCACCGCCACCCCCUCCACAGACGACGGCCGGUCACCACGUCAUGGCGGCGUCGCACUAUCAACAGUACCAGCAGCAAAAGAACCAUCAUCAGCAGCAACAGAACCAGAACAACUACCAGCAGCACCAGCGGCAGUGGUCGUCAUCGUACAACGGCGGCGGCGUCGGCGGCAUUGGCAGUACCAAAGUGUCGGCCGUCCGGUCGAGAAACCACUCGACCAUACCAACGCACCACAACGGCGUCAGGCUGUUCCAGCAGCAUCAACAACAGUCGUACGGGCAAUAAUAAUAAUAAUAGGCCGCGUGCCCAWUUCUUUAUUUUGAUAUUAUUAUUGUAGAGGGAAAAAUAAAAAUAAGACGCCCCGUCGGAUUGGGGGUGGGGUGUAGGAAUGCGCCGCAUCCAGCCGCUUUUUCGAAAAAUGUUCGACAAAAUACGAAUUUCGAAUUAUAAUAUAAAGGUACUGAAUUAUCGGUCGUUUUCACUACUAUAUGACCACCUCUUAUCCUACCUUUCCGCGUGGAACAUUCAGCGCCAACCAACCCCCUCCUACCAUUCCUGAAUAAUAAAAAAACGUUCUAGUCCCCUCCACUGCCCCGUUAUCCAUGUAUUUUCAUGCAUGUAUAUAGUAGAUGUGUUUAAACGACACUAGUUUCGGAAUUAUUACUAUUAUAUAUAAUAUUUAACUAUAAUAUAAAAAUUACGUAUCAUUAUUCAAUAUUUACUACCUAUCGAAUAUCACUUGUCAACUAUUAUUAUUAUAUGUUAUAUACCUAAAUUAUUAUACAAUGACAAACGACACUAUAAACUAUAUUUUAACACAUAAUUAUGUACGUAAGACACGUACCUAUAAAACAAUACAUAUUAUUUAUGAAUACCUCCAAACGACCCAAAUGAAUUUGUCGCGUUGAGCUUACCAAAUAUGUUUUUUUUUAUUAUUAAUUAUCACCCGAUAGACUGAACGACAUACUAGGUAAUACGUAGGUGUAGAUUAGAGUGAAAUAAAGACUCCGUCCUUGUCGCCAAAGACAGUCACGAGCGAGCGCAGGGAAGCGGGACACAAUUAUAUUUUAUACACAACAAAGUCAAUAAGCUUACGUUGUAACACUWUCGUAUCAUAUUAUAAUAAUAUACUGUUAUUGGUCAUAAUAUAUUAUUGUACAUCAUAAUAUUAUAAUCGACUUUAUUUUAAUCAGAUCGUUGUAGUUAUUGUUCGUACAUCGACUGCAAUGGAUACAAUAUGUCUGUAUUCGAUGUGAGAGACAAUAAUUACAGUGAUAUAAUGUUGUAAGUUUAGAUGUAAAAAAAAAAGACACUCCUUAGUAAGCACUUGGUUACCGAAAUCCGAGGAUUUGCCGACGAUAAACGAUUUCCGCCCAGGCUCGAAUUUUGUCGGGAUUUGUCGCAGGUUUUUCUGUAUAUGUGUAGGGUAAAAAUCUCGUCCGUAAUAUCAUUUUGAUGUAUCAAUAUCUAUAUUUAUAUGAUUUGAUUUUUUUUUUUUUACAAAAUACGUUACCCAACCAAUAAUCGUAAUUUCCAUCGAUCCGUUUUGUUUUCACGAUUCCCUUUGACAGACUGUUGUUAUCCUUGGUGCUAUACGAUACGUUUAUGAUUUUUUUUUUUUUAAAGUUUGGGCUUUUCUCCAUUAUUUUCAUACAAUCUUUUGUACUAUACUUUCUGUUUGUUUAAUUUUUUUUAUGAAUAUUAUUUUUUUUUUUUUAUAAUUAUCAAAUAACGUUUUAUAUA